CUUCUGGCCAUAUUAACUUAUUAGUCAUCCUUUUUGGAAGGUUCUAUCGUUUUCUUGGUUGUCAAUUUUUAAAUUUUUUAGACACCAACGACUCAAAUGGCUUCUGGCGACAGAGAUGAACUUGUCCAACAAGCUAAGUUGGCCGAACAGGCGGAGCGCUACGAUGACAUGGCGACGUCCAUGAAGAAAGUCACGGAAUUAGGAACGGAACUGUCAAACGAAGAAAGAAACUUACUUUCGGUUGCUUACAAAAAUGUUGUUGGGGCCAGAAGAUCGUCUUGGAGAGUAAUUUCGAGUAUUGAACAAAAAACUGAAGGUAAUGAAAAAAAGCAGGGCAUGGUCAAAGAAUACAAAUUGAAGAUUGAAAAAGAAUUGGAAGAAGUCUGUAAAGAUGUCCUUGACCUUCUAGACAAGUUCUUGAUUGCUAAAGCUGGAAAUGCUGAGAGCAAGGUUUUCUACUUGAAGAUGAAGGGUGAUUAUUACCGAUACCUGGCUGAAGUUCGAACAUCAGCUGAAAAAACAAGUGUGGUUGCUGAAUCUGAAAAGGCCUACCAAUCAGCUCUUGACAUCGCUAAAGAGCAGAUGCAGCCAACUCAUCCUAUUCGACUUGGACUGGCUCUCAAUUACUCUGUAUUUUUUUAUGAGAUCUUGAACUCACAAGAGAGGGCUUGUCAAUUGGCUAAAUUGGCUUUUGAUGAUGCCAUUGCAGAACUUGAUACACUGAAUGAAGAUUCCUACAAAGAUAGCACCCUCAUCAUGCAGUUGUUGCGUGACAAUCUCACACUCUGGACCUCAGAGAAUGCCGAUGCUGACGGUAAUGAGGGUGAAGACAACUAAAAUUCAGAAUUCAGCUUUCUAUAUAUAUAUAUAUAUAUUUAUAUUUACAUAACGAAUGAAUAUUUAAAUGUCUGUGUUUAAUGAUUAAAGUUUACAUCAUUAAUUAUAUUUUUAUUUAUAAGUAAUUUUUAGCAAAGUCCGAAUAAUAUGCCUACUUAGUUGCAGAGGCACCAAAUUAAUUUUUUUCAAUUUUCACUUGUAGGAGUUGGCGUGUUUUGUAUUGUUGAUUAUUUUGUUAUCUAUUAUUAAUGUUAUUUACAUUUAGACGUUAUAUCAAUUUUUGUUGAUUUUUUAACAUUGUUUUGAUUUAUUUCAUACGUUUAAGAAUAUGUACUAGCUUUCAAAAAUUAUUAAGCUGAAACUACACGAAUAAAAAUGUUCUAGAACAUCGGA